AUGUUUGUUGUUGUCCAUGUGUUCUAUGUUGUUCAUUUUGCUUCUUCAGAGGCUUUGGCAACACCAGUUGAUCCAUCCUUGUUUACUUGUCAAAGAUGUGAAUCUAUACUUCAUCCUGGCUACAAUUGUACAAUUCGAAUUGAAAAAAACAAGAAAAAAGCUCGACAAAAAGGCAAGAAAUCUUGUCAUUAUCCUCAAAACAACAUUAUCUACACUUGUCAUUUUUGUAUGCACAAAAAUAUGAAAAGAGGCACUCCAAGAAACACAAAUCCACCAAAGCCCAAACCAAACACUAUACUAGCUCCACCGGGGUCUACCGACAAGGGUAAAAUGGGUAUUUUAGUAAAAAAUGACUCUGAUCCAGCAAUUCCAACAUUGACAUUGUUGGAGUCCAAGAAGAAGAGGAAUAGGUCAGGGGCUAAGAAGAAAGUGGCAUAUGAUCCAAAUGCAGAAAAAUCAGGGAAUGCAUCUACUAAUAGAAAAAGAAGAAAAUCUUGGAUUAGUUUGAAGGAGAUUGCUGAAAGUAAUGACAAUGAUAAUCGCCACAAGUUGAUGAACAUAACAAUCCCAUUUUCGAUGGAGUAA